AGCCGAGUCAAGGUUGUGCCUCACACCUCCUCCUCCUCCUCCUCCUCCUCCUUCAUCUGCUCGUGUAAUCCCGCACGUACCUCCCUCAGUAAGGCAUCAUAUACCUUGCUCCUUAUUCCUAAACCUGAGUGAUGUCUGGAGAAAACAGUGGAGGAAGCAACAUGUCUCACCACGGAGAAACCCACUCCGAGCGCUUAGCCCGGAAAGCUCGUGAUGCUCCCUUCAUGGUAGCUGGACUUGCCGGACUGACUGGGUUAGUAGCUUAUGGCAUCUAUGGCUUCAAGAACAGGCAACUAAAAACAUCACUCUACCUUAUUCACCUACGCGUGGGUGCUCAAGGCUUCGUUGUGGCAUGUCUUACUGCAGGUGUAGGUUAUAACCUAUACACCAAAUUUUUAGCUCCAAAAUUAUUCCCAGAGAGUGUUGAAGAUACCAAAGAAUAGAAACUUAGUUUUUUUUUUAAUGAAGUGAAACUGUUCAUAAAGGACUUCUUUACUAUUAAAACAAUACAUCUUUCAAUAAUUUUUUUACAGUAGGGAGAUGCAUAUAUUUAGUGUAAAUCUCUUGUAUGAAGAUUGCCUAUGUGUUAGUUAUAAGUUACUAUCAUGAGGUAGUUAAAUUGAGUGUUUAUUUUGCUUGAUAAUAUAAUUCAUACAUCAUUGAACCUUCAUUAUCAGCAUUCAAACUUAAGGUAAUUAUUUACUGCAGAUAAUAAGUAGAAACAUUAUUUUUAUCUGUAUUGAUAAAUGGGUUAUAAACUUGGAACACUGUUACUCUAAUUUUUGGUGUGUAUGAGUUGUAAUUUAUAUUUUCCACUUGGAAAAACUUAAACCUGAUUUUCUGAGUGGUGAUAUUUCUUCCAUAUAUGUUGCAGUCAUUUUAGACAUGGAAGAAUAUAGAAGUCACAGGGUAAACACUCGCACGGUAUUACCAGCAUGUAAUUUUUGUAGUUUAAAAAAAAAUACUUGGUCUGUAGAUGCUUCCAAAAGAAAUUAAUAUAAUGUUUUUAUAUUUUAAGUAAAAGAAGGCAAUAAUACAAAGACACUACAGUAUUUUAUUGAGAAAGGGAAUUGGUUGUCUUGCAAAUUUGAAUCUGGUUGAAAAUACUCUAUACAAAAUAUUGUUAAUGUGUUGAUGUACUGUUACAUAUUUUUAAUCUAUGGUUUUGACAGGUCCUUACAGGUUUAGCACUUAUAAUGAUGUAUAGUUGAAUAGCUUUAUCCCUCUUCACUACCAGUGAUGGUAGUGAAGACAACAACCAAACAAGAGCUAAUAAGGGUUACUCUGUGGUUCAAACUAUGGGUACUUGUGAAAGUACUAUAGCUAUCUAUCUUUUUCAUUAUUUAAAAUUUGAAGUGGUAUAUAUAAUUUUAGUUACAGUUAGUAUUAAAGUAUAAUUUUGAAAGUUAUUGUCAAAACUCUUUAGCAUUCAAAAAAAGUGAUAUUAUUUAGCUGCUUUUUAUAAUUCUGUUCAGAUUUUGUAUGUAGUAAAGACUGAAUAUUCCUUCAUGCUUGAAAAAAAAUGGGAAGAUUCCAUAUUUUGUGUUGAAUGACUGUAGUUUGCUAAAUGUUAAUCUUUAGGCUUUAACAAUUAGUCCUGACUUGACAAUUUGAAUAGAUUAUAUCAGUUAAUAUAAAUUGUUUGGUUGUCAGUCUUGUUUGAAUUUAGUUUUGUUCCUAUUUCAGUUUGGCUGUGAAUGAGUCGGUUGAAGUUGGUGUGUGAUUUAAAUUCACCAUAAAUAAUAAUGUAUAUUUAAAAUAUAAAAUAUUUUUUGUAGUUAAUAAAAGCCAAUGAUAAGA